UCCCACCCCAGGGGCAAACCGCAUCCACCGGGAACACAAAUAAGCUCUGUAUGGUGCCGACCGCCCGGGCACACCGGCUGGCCAAGCUGGUGGAGUACCUGGUGCCUGCCUUCCUGGGCAGGGACCCCACCUUCGUCCCCACCUUUCUCUGGAGCUACAGAGCUUUCGCCACCACCCAACAGGUGUUGGACCUACUGUUGACAAGGUAUGGCUGCAUCUUCCCGUAUGCUGAAGAGGAUGGUGGGCCUGUGGACCAGCAGAAAAAGGCCAUCAUCUCCAUCCUGGGCAUGUGGCUGGACCAGUUCCCUCAGGACUUUUUCCAGCCCCCAGACUUUCCGGGCCUGGUGACGCUGCUGGCCUACCUGGAGCUCAACUUCCCGGGCUCAGCCCUGGAGCGCCAGGCCCAGCUGCUCCUUUCAGAGCCCGAGAGCCGCGAGCCCACAGACGCAGAGGAACCAGCUCCAGAGCCAGAUAAAAAAAGACCUCAGGAGGCAACGCCGACACCCGUGGCCUCUCCGGAGCCAGAGUGGGCUCCGGGCACAGCUUUCACUGACCUUCACGAGGCAGAAGAACCACCUGCUGCGUGUGGGCAACUCCCCUCAGCUCCUGCGAGGCCUGUGGUCCCCGGUCCUGGGCUGCAGCCUGUGUAGCUGCCACGGCAGAGGGGGCUU